GAGACUUCCCCAGACCACAAUUGUGACCUGAAAUAUAAGGCCCACCUCACGGGAGCGCUGGUCACGGGAGUGAUUACCUCAUCUCGGGAGCAUCUGCCAAUCGCGAGUGCGCCGAGAGUCCGCAAUCACGUAAAGCCCCGCAGGAUAACUUGGAUUGCGUGAAAAAUGUGCAAUUCACGUUGGAGACGGACUCCGUACAUUAGGCCAGAUGCGCUAUUUCUGGCGAAUAAUAGUCCAUGACCAUCAAAACGUGCAGGCCUUGGAUCAAGGGGGCAGGGCCAUGCCGGUACAAUACCCCCGCAAGUCGACGAUCCAGGUACCAAAGCCCCUCUGGUUGGAGAUUUUCUUCUGUCACCGGCCCGGUGAUAGGGCCAGACCGGAAAAGUCUUGGUAAUAGUUGAACAUACCCCAAAGCGAAAAUCCCCCGGACUGGACAUUUCAGCCAGUGGGAGGCAAAGAGAGAAUCCGGGGGUUGCUCAACAACCUUGUGAAAUGAGGCAUUUAGCAUAUAUUGUACGUGAUAUUGGAAGUCUGAGGCAAUUGAGUGGGUUUAUGACACAUUGCAUUCCACGAUGUUCCCAAGCACAUCAUAGUAGCAUAGUGCAUAGUGUGCUUUGACUGCGGGAACUGCUUUGUAUAGAACAUCUCAGGUGACCUGGCUUUGACUCUAUUUGCGGUGUCACCUGUCCGGUUGCCCCUGUAGAGCAACUAAAAAUCUCAGCCAAGUUCCAGAAUUGAGGCAAUUGUUUCGGCCCGCAUGACGCAUUGCUAUCAUGUUCGGCUCGGAGAGCCACUGGCUUCCAAUGAGAGUGGCGUAUGUCGCCGGGCUUUAGUCAAGUCAAGUGGAGCAGGAGUCGAGACGCUGGUUGAACCGCCUAGCGUCGGUGAUGACAGAGUGGACCGAGUAAGAAUAGCAGAGAAUAAGUCUGACUAUAAAAAGAUCAGGGUUCCCCGGAUUUUCUUCAUACUAUCAACCUCGUUUUCUGACUUCCAUGGCGACAGUCGAUUAUCAACUUCUUCAUCUUUACUUUACGUGUUAAGAGAUCACUCUCAACAUGUCUUCUCCUAUUUCUACCCCACAAUCUGAAAGCGGCUUGCCCACGCGGCCUCUUCCCCAGGCACUCACCAGCCAUGAUGGAAGCUCCGGCACUGGCACUCCCAUCGGUUUCCAGCGCUACCCUCCUCACAACAAGCACUUGGAUCAUGCUGUAGGAAAUGCCCUCCGCCAGCCGUCACCACAACCUACCCACUUGGGUAUUCCCGGUACUCCCCAGCACCGUGUGUUGUCUGAAGAGGACCCGGGCUACAUUGCCGCUACCUUUGAGGGCAAGCAGAAGCAGAUGGAACAGGUCAUGCUUCAAUUGGAGGAGAAGGGUUUCUUCCCCAGUGACUUUAUCGAAUCCGAAACUACCUGGUUCUACAACAAGCUUGGCAUUGACGACACCUACUUCCAAACCGAGACGGUGCCUGCCAUCGUGACCCAGAUUCUCUCCCUUUACGCCGCCAAGGUGGCCGCUUAUGCCCGGGAUGAUAGACAGCUGGAGAUUCGCCUGGACAAGGAGGCCGAGGACCACGCUGUGUACAUUGAUACCAGCCGGCCCGGUAUUUCUACCGUGAAUGGCCCUCGUUACGAGCAGCGCAUCGACGAGAAGUACGUCAACCACUCCAAGGGUGCUGACAGCUACCGUGUCGAGACCUUCCGCUCGCCCACCACUCUGCCCGGCAAUGAUGGCCAGCAGCUCCGCUGCUACUUUGUCUACAAGUGCCAGUUCGCGAACCCCAACCCCUCACCAAACGAGACCAACAUCGAAAUCAUUGGUGAGAAGCGGUUCCUGCAAAAGGCAACCCCCAACACCAAGGCGGUCUACCAGGAGAUCAUCACCACGGCUGUCGGCCGGUCCGGUCCCGUCAUCGAGAUGUUCGAGAUCGAGGGCAGCCGCGAGAAGCGUUUGGUCAUUGCCUACCGCCAGGGUUCCGCCAUGGGUCUCUUCAGUGCUCUCUCGGAUCUGUACCACUACUACCGCUUGACCAGCUCACGGAAGUACCUGGAGAAUUUCUCUAACGGUAUCACCGUUAUCUCGCUGUACCUCCGACCCUCAGCCGAGUCUGGUGUCUCGGCCAAGUUCCCUCCCAUUGAGGCCGCCAUCCACCAGAUCAUGAAGGAGACCUCCCUCCUUUAUUGUAUUCCCCAGAACCGCUUCCAAGGACACUUUGCUACUGGCCGGCUCAGCUUGCAAGAGACUAUCUACGCUCACUCCGCGUGGGUCUUCGUGCAGCAGUUCCUCAACCGUCUGGGUUCAGAGUACACUUCGUUGUCUGCUCUCCUAGAUAACAACAACAGUGUCCACGCAGAACUUUUGUCGAAGAUCAAGAAGCGUCUCCGUACCGAGACUUUCACUGCCGACUACAUUUUCGAGAUCAUCAACAAAUACCCCGAGCUCAUCCACAAGCUCUACCUUGACUUCGCCAACACCCACUACGUUCAGACCCAGGGUCCCACUGGCGAUGACUUCCUCCCCACCCUUAGUUACCUCCGCCUCCAGGUCGACGAGGUCCUCGACGGUGCUAAGCUCAAACAGCUGAUCCGCAGCACCGCCGUCAACGAGCACGACGAGAUGGUGAUGAACUCUUUCCGCGUGUUCAACUCCUCCAUCCUCAAGACCAACUUCUUCACUCCCACCAAGGUGGCCCUCAGCUUCCGCUUGAAGCCGGACUUCUUGCCUGAGCACGAGUACCCCCAGCCCCUGUAUGGUAUGUUCUUGGUCAUUAGCUCCGAGUUCCGCGGUUUCCACCUGCGCUUCCGUGAUAUUGCUCGCGGUGGUAUUCGUAUUGUCAAGAGUCGGAACCGCGAAGCAUACAACAUCAACGCUCGCUCGUUGUUUGACGAGAACUACAACUUGGCCAACACCCAACAGCGCAAGAACAAGGAUAUCCCCGAAGGCGGUGCCAAGGGUGUCAUUCUCUUGGAUGCUGAUCACCAGGACAAGGCGCGGGUCGCCUUCGAGAAGUACAUCGACAGUAUUCUCGAUCUGCUCCUGCCCCCCGUCAGUCCCGGUAUCAAGGACCCCAUCGUUGACUUGCACGGAAAGGACGAGAUCCUCUUCAUGGGUCCCGAUGAGAACACUGCUGAGCUUGUCAACUGGGCUACUGAGCAUGCUCGCGGCCGUGGCGCUCCCUGGUGGAAGUCGUUCUUCACUGGCAAGAGCCCCAAGCUGGGUGGUAUUCCCCACGACACCUACGGCAUGACCACCCUUUCGGUCCGCCAGUACGUCCUCGGUAUCUACCGCAAGCUGAACAUCAACCCUGCCACCAUGCUCAAGCUGCAGACCGGUGGUCCUGAUGGUGAUCUCGGAUCCAACGAGAUCCUGCUCUCCAACGAAAAGUACGCCGCCAUCGUUGACGGAGCUGGUGUCAUUUAUGACCCCAAUGGUCUGAACCACGAGGAGCUUCUCCGUCUGGCCAAGAAGCGUGCCAUGAUCUCCGAGUUCGACAUGUUCAAGCUGUCACCCGACGGUUACCGUGUCCUGGUCGACGAGAAGAACGUCAAGCUCCCCAGCGGCGAGGUCGUCCACAACGGUAUGGUCUUCCGUAACACCUACCACCUCCGCUCGCAGGAGAAGUUCGACAUGUUCGUGCCCUGCGGUGGCCGCCCCGAGUCCAUCGACCUGUCUACCGUCAACAAGCUCAUCAAGGACAACAAGUCAAUUAUUCCUUUCAUCGUCGAAGGUGCCAAUCUCUUCAUGACCCAGGACGCCAAGCUGCGCCUCGAGAAGGCCGGCUGCAUCCUGUACAAGGACGCCUCCGCCAACAAGGGUGGUGUGACUUCCUCCUCGCUCGAAGUCCUCGCCUCGCUGUCCUUCAACGACUCCGAGUUCGUCGAGAACAUGUGCAUUCGCGAGGACGGCACCGUCCCCGAUUUCUACCAGGCCUAUGUCAAGGAAGUCCAGGAAGUCAUCAAGCAGAACGCCGCUCUCGAGUUCGAGGCUAUCUGGCGCGAACACGAGCAGACCGGUGUGUUGCGUAGUGUGCUGAGUGACCGUCUCAGUAUCGCCAUCACUAAGCUCGACGAGGAGCUCCAACAAACCGAGCUCUGGGACAACGUUGCCCUCCGUCGCUCGGUUCUCAGCGAUGCUCUGCCCCGUCUGCUUCUUGGCAAGAUCGGCCUCGAGACCAUUUUGGAGCGCGUCCCCGAGAACUACCUCCGCGCCAUCUUCGGUUCCUACCUGGCCAGCCGCUUCGUCUACGAAUACGGCAACCAACCCAGCCAGUUCUCCUUCUUUGACUUUAUGACCAAGCGCCUGGCCCAGAUCCAGUCCUAGACAUGGAUGUUUGGCUCUAGAAAAUAAACAUUCCCCCUAUCCCCGAUGUUGAUUUUGCGAUAUUCUCGUUUGCUUUUCCUUUUUCCUUUUCCUUCCCUUUUGGAUGAUUCUUCCUGUGUUGCAUGAUAUAUACCUUAAUCCGGAACGAAAAAAAGCAAUUUGUUCCCUAACGAAUGUAUGGUUAGAAAAGUUCUGGUGAUGUUUUGGUUUGAAGGGUUCCAAAAGAGAUGCCGUUCUCUCGCGCAAUGCGAUCCUUAGAAUUGGAUUCUUU